AUGGGUGAUGCAGUUGAUUUUACUCUAUUCAAUAUUCUAUCACUUAUACUACCUCCAAUUAGUGAAAUGUCCAAAGAUCUCGAAGCUGUGCAGUUGAAUGAGCGUAGGAUCAUUAAUAACGUAUUAGAUCCGAAUAUUUAUGAUUCAUCAGUACCAUAUAAACCGCCAGCAGAAGUUGUACCGGUGUUUUCUUUGCACCACGUGGAGAAUGUGACAUGGAAAGAUAAGCGGCUUGCCUGGAACGUUUCUGAGUACGGAAAUGUUAGAGAGAUAAUACGUCGGAAAAGUCAGUUAGUUGGCAGGAUAUGGCUACCGAAAUUGUACUUAACAGAAAUAUUCUUCCGCACAGCGAAUAUCCUGACUUCUGAAACUACCGAACUAACCAUCAUACACACUGGUCUUGUUAAAUGUGAGGUUAAGAUUCUUGUGAAAACAUCAUGUUAUUUCGAAUACGACAACUAUCCAAACGACAAUCAAAACUGUUCAUUUACAAUGUAUAGUCCAUUUACUAUAGAUAAGAUGAAGUUCACUGAAUACGGUGGAGCAGAGAAAAGUGCAUUCUACCGAUCCAAGUCUGGUACAAAUCCAUCGAAGGUGGACGUUGGCGACUUCGUUCUGGAGAGAAUCGAUUCAAAAAACGUUUACUUGUUAGCAGGAUCCAAACUAGUGGAGAAUAUUGACAGGUAUCCACCAAAGAUGGUCCGCUCUGUGUAUUGGUAUAAUUUGGUUUUCCGUCGUCACAAUAUUUAUUACGUGACUCGAAUGGCAAUGCCAUUGUUCACUAUUAGCUGCUUGACGUACGCUUUUUGCCUUCUACAUUCCCACCACGGCUUGAUCUGGUUGCUGCUUUGUCUCGCCGUCGAAAUUAUAAACGGUGCGAUACUACUGGAGAAUCUACCACCAGAUUAUACAAAAAUGCCACCAAUAGGCCUUAUUGCAACUCUUGUGCUAUUUGAAACGAUAUGCUUGAUAAUAUGGCGAUUCGCUACCAUAUUCAUCACGCAAACACUACCAGAUCGCUCAGAUUUACGAUCGAAAAUUGAUCUUGUAGAAAAUUUCUUAUGUGUGUAUUUUGUUAUACGAAUUAUUCAUAUUUACAUAAAACUUUUCUAA